AGGCACAGUACUAGUCAACAACACAUAUAAACUUUGCUACCCUAUCCUGCUACCACACUAACCUCCCAAAUACUGACAAUACAACUCCUCAAACCUCAAAAAUCAGUCAAAAUGACUUUCCAACAAGAACUCCAAUCCUGGUUGUCCCCAACCUCACUCACAACCUCUCCCGCUCCAGAACUCGGAUCCAAAGCCCCUUCAUCUGAACCUCUCCCCUUCCCCUCGAAAGAUGGGAAACGUACAAUCGUCACUUUCCUCCGGCACUGCGGCUGUCCCUUCGCAGAAAAAAACUUUCUCUCCCUCCGCACCCUCGCCUCCCAACACGCCAACGCCAUAAACUUCGUCGCUAUCUCGCACAGCUCCCAAUCCUCCACCGAAAAAUGGCUCUCUGCGAUCGGCGGCGCUGGAGACGUCCAAGUGAUCGUCGAUUCGGAGCGAGCUGUGUACGCGAAAUGGGGACUGGGCGUCUCAAGCGCGUGGCAUGUGUUGAAUCCGUGGAGUAUGUGGGAGGUGUAUAAGCUUGGGAAGGGCGAGGGGAUCUGGAAUCGGCCGACGGAGAGCGGGAGUCGGUGGCAGACGAGUGGGAGUUGGGGGAUUGAUGGGGAGGGCGUGGUGAGGUGGGGUGAAGUUGCGAGGGCUGCUGAUGAUAUUGCUGAUUUUGAGGAGGGGGUUAAAGUUCUGCUGGAGGAGCAGAAGUGAAGAGUUGGAUUUGAUAUGGAUGUUAUUUGCUUUAAAUCGUUGCAGGUUUGUCUUUCCCUAUGUGUCGAUUCUUGUCAGUGUGGGGUCAGCAAGCUCAUAUCAUGACUUUGUGGAGGUUUUAUAAUUGAUUGUAUGCUAAAGGCUUCAAGAUGAGCUAAGUAACUAGGUGUCAAUUCUAUGUACUCUG